UCCCACUUACAGUCACAACCUUUGUCUCAAGUCUUGCCAUGCUACCGUGGCCGAAAGUGCGCCCGCGCGGUGGUGGCAAAUGGUCAGACGCCAGCAGCAUUCCAGGACGGAUUUCCGCAAAUGACUAUGAGAAGUUUGUGCGGGAGAGGCUUUCGGGAAGCCAGCUUCAGCAAUCCGAAGCGACCAUCACAGCCCACCUCAGUCAAGAUGCAUGUGAGGCGCUCAACGAGUUGAAGCGCCAAUCUGAGAGGGCAUCAGCAGAAAGCUUGGGCGGGUUGUGGACAAAACUGUAUUCGAGCACAACAGCCAACGACACACCAGCAGAGGCAACUGCUGUCACGGACGUCGUAGUGAAUGCAGAGCGAGACCUUUUACAGUCACUGGGUGAGAAUUCGCAAUUGCUAUUCGGCAAUCGGGUUGUUCCAGAAGGCACAGUUGUGGAAUGUACGGUGGUUGCAGCCUUGUUCUUCAUGAAGUGUCACCAGCUGGAACGGUUUCUAACGCUGGCGGCUGAGGCUGGGCGCUCCGUACCUGCCGUAGCAAUGGUGGUGAAUAAGCUGCCCAUUGAGUGCGCAGAAGAGUGGGUCAAUGCGAUUCAGCAUUAUCCAUUUCUCAAGAGGAAGUAUGCGCAGGGUUUCUUUAGCUUAGUCUACGUUCCUCACACCUUGAACAUUCGUCAGGUUCAACAACAAGUUCAGCAGGUUAGACAAGAAGUUCAACAAGAAGUUAGACAAGAAGUUAGACAAGAAGUUAGACAAGAAGUUCAACGAGAGUUUCGCCUCCGUGACUUUGCCAUUUUCCUCCUCAUCAUCUACAACAUCCUGCUGCAAAUCCAGCGUUGGAGUUCCCCAUUGAGUAGUGGCGAAUUGUGAGACCCUAGUGCAGAAAUGGCGCAAUCUGGUUUUGGAGAGGUUGACGCCCGCAGUGGGCGCAACUCUUUGCUAUGACGCCGGUGCAGUCUUCAUAAGGAGCUGAGAUGUGGAUAAACAAAUGCGUAGCGAG